CGGAGAAGCGCCAGGGGCGGGGCGGGGGGGGCGGACGGACCGGGCGGCCCGGACAGACGCGCUGCGCAGGCCGGGAGGAUGGCGUCGGGCCGGGCCCGCUCCACACGGAAGCUGCGCCAAUGGACCGUGGAGCAGGUGGAGGUCGGGCGGUUCCCGGGGCUGGUCUGGGACGACCCUCCCGCCAAGACCAUGUUCCGCAUCCCCUGGAAACACGCCGGCAAGCAGGACUUCCGCCAUGACGAGGACGCGGCCUUCUUCAAGGCCUGGGCAGAGUACAAGGGCAAGUACCGGCCGGGCGAGCGGCUGGACCCGGCGGGCUGGAAGACCCGCCUGCGCUGCGCCCUCAACAAGAGCCCUGAGUUCGAGGAGGUACCCACACGCUCCCAGCUCGACAUCGCCGAGCCCUACAAGGUGUAUCGCCUGGUGCCCCCCGCCGAGCAGCGCCCCGCUAAGCUGCCAGCUCGGAGGGUCCCCCCGCAGGGGAAGAAGGAGCCCCCCGACUCCUCCUCAGAGGGGGAUGAGGUGCAGACCAGCGGGGGGGCUGCCCAGGCCCCCCUCACCUUGGAUAUGGUCAGCAUGGAGGUGACGUCGGAGCCGGAGCCCACGGCCGGCGCCUCCCAGAGUUCGGAUGAUUCUGGCAUCGAGACCAGCGAGUGCAGCCCUGACGCCGGGGUCCCAUCCCCAGAUCUGAACGAGAUCGUCAUUAACGUCACGCUGGAGUCAGGGGCCCUCCUGCCCCCCACGGAUGGUGAGACAAGACCCCAACACACCCCACAGCCCCCCACCCUGCCACCCCAUAACCCC